AUGCCAAAUGGACUUCUAUCGUAUAGCCGAGGUGAUAACAUCCACAAUGUUGCACAGAACUGUUAUUUUCGGACUCGUACUUGGCUUUUCGAUGUGUAUAGCGUUUCAGGUGGUGCUGAUGAAAAUAAAAGUUGGAUCAGGCAUAGAAGGGAAAUAGAAGAUUUGAGUGAAGAAUUCCCUCCACCUGUUAAAGCACAAGAAGAACCUGGCUUCUGGGAAAGAGUUAUGAAUGUAGCAAUAAGAAUAUUUAAUAAGUUUAUUGAAUGGUUAAACACAUCAUAA